AUGAGUAUCUUCAGCUUGAGUAUGCUUAUCGCACCCGUCGUCGGUCCCAUCGCUGGUGGUUUCCUCUCCCAAGCCGCGAACUGGAGAUGGAUCUUCUGGCUGUUGACCAUCCUGAGCGGUAUCACCACCAUCGUCUGCUUUACUUUCCUCCGCGAAACCUACGGACCUGUCCUCCUUGAGAGAAAGGCAGCCCGCAUGCGCAAAGAAACCGGAAACCCCAACAUCCAAUCCGCCAACAAAUCUCCGCUUCCGUUGGGCCAGCUCUUCCGCCAGGUCAUCAGCCGCCCUAUCGAGUUCUUGUACAAGAGUCCUGUCAGUAUUGUCAUGGCGCUAUACAUGGGCUUGGUCUACGGUAUCAUCUACCUCCUGUUCACAACGUUCACGCAAGUCUUCGAGAACACCUACGGAUUCAGCCAGGGUAUCGCCGGUCUUUGCUACGUGGGAUUGGGUCUUGGUUGCGCUACGCAGUUGUUUUCCGGCCACUACAGUGACAAGAUUUACGUGCAGCUCUCGCAGCGCAACGGUGUUGAACGCCCGGAAUACCGUCUACUCCUCCUGAUCCCCGCCGCCCUUUCCCUCCCGGUUGGACUUGUGAUUUACGGCUGGACCGCAUACUACAAGAUCCACUGGAUCGUUCCCAUCAUCGGUACCUUUUUCAUCGGUGUCGGUUUCUCUGGAUCCAUGACCUCCGUCCAAACAUACCUCGUCGACGCCUUCAGCGCAUACUCCGCCAGCGCCCUCGCAGCCAACAACGUUGUCCGCAGUAUCGCAGGUGGUGUGGUCCCACUCGCUGGACCAAGUAUGUACGGCAAGCUUGGACUCGGAUGGGGCAACACCCUUCUGGGUCUUUUGGCUCUUGUUUUCGGCUUGACUCCGAUGUACUUCUACCGGUACGGUGGUAGCAAGCAGGAGAAGAACGAGAAGGAGAUACCCGUUUAA